AUGGCCCGUCGCUGGAGCACAAAAGAGUCUCCGCGGUGGAGGUCUGCGUUGGUCUUGCUUUUCCUCGCCGGAGUGUACGGAAAUGGUGCUCUUGCAGAACAUUCUGAAAAUGUGCAUAUUUCAGGAGUGUCAACUGCUUGUGGAGAGACUCCAGAACAAAUUCGAGCACCAAGUGGUAUAAUCACAAGCCCAGGCUGGCCUUCUGAAUAUCCUGCCAAGAUCAACUGCAGCUGGUUCAUAAGGGCAAACCCAGGGGAAAUCAUUACUAUAAGCUUUCAGGAUUUUGAUAUUCAAGGGUCCAGAAGAUGCAGUUUGGACUGGUUGACGAUAGAAACAUACAAGAAUAUCGAAAGUUACAGAGCCUGUGGUUCGACAGUUCCACCACCAUAUAUUUCUUCACAAGACCACGUCUGGAUCAGGUUCCAUUCCGAUGACAGUAUUUCUAGAAAGGGUUUCAGACUGGCAUAUUUUUCAGGGAAAUCUGAAGAACCAAACUGUGCUUGCGAUCAGUUCCGCUGUGGCAACGGGAAGUGUAUACCAGAAGCCUGGAAAUGUAAUAACAUGGACGAAUGUGGAGAUAGUUCCGAUGAAGAGAUCUGUGCCAAAGAAGCUGGUCCCCCAACGGCUGCUUCUUUUCAGCCCUGUGCCUACAACCAGUUCCAGUGUCUGUCUCGGUUUACCAAGGUUUACACUUGCCUCCCUGAGUCUUUAAAAUGUGAUGGCAACAUUGACUGCCUUGACCUAGGCGAUGAGAUAGACUGUGAUGUGCCAACUUGUGGACAGUGGCUAAAAUAUUUUUACGGUACUUUCAAUUCUCCCAACUAUCCAGACUUUUAUCCUCCUGGAAGCAAUUGCACCUGGUUAAUAGACACUGGUGAUCAUCGUAAAGUCAUUUUACGCUUCACUGACUUUAAACUUGAUGGUACUGGUUAUGGUGAUUACGUCAAAAUAUACGAUGGAUUAGAGGAGAAUCCACACAAACUUUUGCGUGUGUUAACUGCUUUUGAUUCUCAUGCACCUCUUACAGUUGUUUCUUCUUCUGGACAGAUCAGGGUACAUUUUUGUGCUGAUAAAGUGAACGCCGCAAGGGGAUUUAAUGCAACUUACCAAGUAGAUGGCUUCUGUUUGCCGUGGGAAAUACCCUGUGGGGGUAACUGGGGGUGUUACACAGAACAGCAGCGUUGUGAUGGGUAUUGGCAUUGCCCAAAUGGAAGGGAUGAAAUAAAUUGCACCAUGUGCCAAAAGGAAGAAUUUCCCUGUUCCCGAAAUGGUGUCUGUUAUCCUCGUUCUGAUCGCUGCAACUACCAGAAUCAUUGCCCAAAUGGCUCAGAUGAAAAAAACUGCUUUUUUUGCCAGCCAGGAAAUUUUCAUUGUAAAAACAAUCGUUGUGUGUUUGAAAGCUGGGUGUGUGAUUCCCAGGAUGACUGCGGUGACGGCAGCGAUGAGGAGAAUUGCCCCGUAAUUGUGCCUACCAGAGUCAUAACUGCAGCCGUCAUAGGCAGCCUUAUCUGUGGCUUGUUACUGGUCAUUGCAUUGGGAUGUACCUGUAAGCUUUAUUCUCUGAGAAUGUUUGAACGAAGGUCAUUUGAAACACAGCUGUCAAGAGUGGAAGCAGAACUGCUGAGAAGAGAAGCCCCUCCCUCUUAUGGACAGUUGAUUGCUCAGGGUUUAAUUCCACCAGUUGAAGAUUUUCCUGUUUGUUCACCUAAUCAGGCUUCUGUUUUGGAAAACCUGAGGCUGGCAGUACGAUCUCAGCUUGGAUUCACUUCGAUCAGGCUUCCAAUGGCAGGCAGAUCCAGCAAUAUUUGGAAUCGUAUUUUUAAUUUUGCAAGAUCACGUCAUUCAGGGUCGUUGGCUUUGGUCUCAGCAGAUGGAGAUGAGGUUGUCCCUAGUCAGAGUACCAGCAGAGAACCUGAAAGAAGUCAUGCUCACAGAAGUUUGUUUUCUGUGGAGUCCGACGACACAGACACAGAAAAUGAGAGAAGAGAUACGGCAGGAGCAUCUGGUGGGGUUGCAGCUCCUUUGCCCCAAAAAGUCCCUCCCACGACAGCAGUAGAAGCAACAGUGGGAGCAAGUGGAAGUUCCUCAACUCAGAGUACCCGAGGUGGUCACACAGAUAGUGGAAGGGAUGUGACAAGUGUAGAACCCCCAGGUGUGAGUCCUGCGAGGCACCAGCUCACAAGUGCACUAAGUCGUAUGACUCAGGGGCUGCGUUGGGUACGUUUUACAUUAGGGCGAUCAAGCUCCGUAAAUCAGAACCAGAGUCCUUUGAGACAGCUUGAUAAUGGGGCAAAUGGAAGAGAAGAAGAUGAUGAUGUUGAAAUGCUAAUUCCGGUUUCUGAUGGAGCUUCAGACUUGGAUGUGAAUGACUGCUCCAGACCUCUUCUUGAUCUUGCCUCGGAGCAAGGACAAGGGUUUAGACAACCAUACAGCGCAGCGAACCCUGGAGCGAGGCCAAGUAAUCGAGACGGCCCCUGCGCGCGCUGUGGCGUCGUCCACACUGCCCAGAUCCCAGACACUUGCUUAGAAGCAACACUGAAAAAUGAAACAAGUGAUGAUGAGGCUUUGUUACUUUGUUAG